AAAAUGCGCCGCGUACUUAAUUCAACAAAACUAAGAACCUCUUCAUCUGUUAAUACUUUAUCAACUCUUUAUAUUAUCCGUAAUCAAAGCAGACUUGCUUCUUCUCCAUUACAAAUAAAAAAUGACAAAAAUAAUUCUUUAAAAAUAAAAAAAUUUCCUCUUAAAAAUAAUAAUAUUAAUAUAAGGCAAAUAAAUUCUAAUUGUUUUUCUGAUAGGUAA